CCGGCGCAACCGGCAGCGCGGCCGGAAGUUGGAGGCGGCGGCCCGAGGCUAGGGGAACCCGCGCCCGACUGGCGGCAUGGAGCGGCACUGUUCAAGGGGACAUAUUGGCCAAGUGAAAACACACAAAGGGAGAUCAGAGGAAUGGGAUGAGGUAUUUUCUGAAAAUCAACCUGACCAAAAUACUUUAAUGAACUUUGAUGAAAAACAUGAUCAGCACCUGAUACUACUUCAAUACAGGAACAGAUUAUUGAAAAGGUUGAAGGCAAAAGAUUCCAAACAGAUCCAACUGGAGUGUUUGGAGCAAGGGUUUUCCAUCUAUAUAAAUGGUGCCAACUCUGAAUUAAAGCGGCAACCAAGAUUAGAGGCAACUUCAAGAGCGGUAUGGACAGCUGAUUCUGCUUCAAGAUCACCGUUCAAUACCGAAGAGCUACAAGAAUUAGAAUCUCUAAAACGUAGAACCCAAACUGCUCCAGACAAAGUUCAGCGAAAAGGCUGGGUGCAGUCUUCGGUCCAUAUUAAAACAGAGAAAGGUCCACAGCUACAUCUUGGUUCACCUGUGGAUUACUCUAAUGAUUUUGAAGUUUAUGAAAGUGUUAAUAUGGAGCCACAGGAAAUGUGUAAUUGCUCUCAGAAUCUUGCUAAUAAUUCUUCCAGACACAGAAGCAAUUCUUGUACGUUAUCAGAGUCUUCCUUCAUAAAGCCAUUAAGGACAUCGGAAACAUGCUGUGAUGCUGGCAAUGAAAAAAUACUGCUAAACAUGCAAGAUAUUAAGCUAUUGAGAAAAAGCCUGCAGCAGUCUGAUGAUCUCCAGCUCAAUGAGGAGGAGAAGAGCAAUGCCAAUGAGAACUCCAAUUCGCAGGACGAUGACAUUUUGGAGCAGAUUGAAACUCCAGAGCCAACCGAGACUCUGAAAGAUAUGCAGCUUAAUAAAGAAUUUUUCCAGAAAAACCCCGAGGCAAAACUACGCCCUGGUGAUCUGAUUGUCCUUGAUUUUGGUCCUAAUACAAAAAGCAAACGCAAAGAACAACUUCUAGCAGUGGCAAGAAAAGAUGAUGUCUCAUCCUACAUUCCUAUGAAACCUCUUCUAGUGAAAAGUAAAUCAUUUGAUCGUACUACAACUCCUGCUUCUAACCGACAAGCUAACCUGAUUUCAAAGCAAGAGUGCCAUGAGAGGGUACUUUCUGCAGCAAGAAGGAAUACUUGCUAUGUGAAGGAUCCAGAUUUAUCUGCGUCAGUGGUUUUCCAGGCCAUGCAGAAAGAAAACGAAGAUGUGCUGAAAUCCAUGGAAAAGCAGAACACAAUAACAAAAGCACCAUUGUGUUGGCAAACACAUUCACCAGACCCAGCCAUGAAUAGCAGAUUACAGUGUUCUUCAGUAAAGCCUAAUAUGAUCAAUAGAGCUAUUGAACGAAUCAGCCUCCUGGAACCCAGUCAACAGACGAAGCUUAGAAAAACACUGGAGACAAUAGAGGAUCCUUUGAACGACAGAUCAAGCAGGGAUACUUUAUUAGACAGAAAUGCACUCAAUACUGAGACACAUCAAAGUGUUGGAGUAUCUGACAGGUUACCAGCAAAGGAUACAAUUUAUAUCUCAAUGGAAAUUUUGUCCAACUGGGGUAAUGACAACAAAGUGGGCUUAACCGAAGUGCAGUUUUUUGACCAAAAACAACAGAAGAUUUUUGUUUCGCCUAAUGAUGUUGAUAUUAGAAAUGCAUAUUAUCCAGGAAAUUUGCCUUCUUUAGUAAAUGGAAAAACAAAGACCACAAAAGAUUGUCACAUGUGGACAUGUUCUUUCCACCCACCGGUUCAAUUGUACUUUGUUCUACGUAAUCUAAGCAAAUCAGUUGACUUUGGUAUUUCUACGAUCAAGAUUUGGAAUUAUAACAGAAGCCUCAAUGAUCUUGAUAUUGGGGCAAAAAGUGUGAGGAUUUAUCUGGAUGGUAAUCUAGUACAUGAAGAGGAGCUAGAAAAAGGUUGUGGAAACCAGGUCUUUGACUACAGUACGACCAUUGAUUUGAGGUCCAGCGAAAAAGGAUUUUACAUGUCCAAUGGGAGCGAUAUGGAAGAAGAAACUAAAGAAACCAAUAGUGCGGAAAGAGAACAGUAUGUUACGUCUCUAGAACAAGUGAAUUCCUCAUUCUUUUUAAAUUCAACAUCGAGUAAAAUGAGAAAUACACUUAAUGCUUCCAGUGGGAGUGACACAGAAGAGCAAACUAAAGAGGUUGGGAGUUCAAAAAUAAACUCUGACAUACAGUUGCCGAAGCCGUCAGAUUGCUUAUUCUUUUUAAAUUCAAGCUCAGACAGUGAGAAAGAUAUGUUAAAUUAUUCAACAGGCUCACCAAAGCAUAAGAUUUCUGCCUUGGAUGAAGCCAUGAUGUCAACAGCUCCUAUUUCACUUGAGGAGUCACUCUUAAGGAUAAAUAUUUCAGAAGCUACUAAGGAGAUUGAAGAGGAUCAUUUUGUUGAGAUCCUGGACCCAGAAGAACUGUGUGAAAAGCUAACUGGAAAGACAAAUUCAGAAAUGUCAUCUGUUUCAAAACUGCCACUGUGGUUAAAAUCACCAGCCAAAGAAAUGCCCCAGCAAAGUAAAUGGAAGAAGCCUCUGUGGCUGAGUGAUGAAGUGCCUGUGGAUUUAAGAAUUAGCCAUUCAAGCAAAACCAAUGAAAUCAGUAGUAGUUGGCCUGAUCUAUUUGAUCUUGUUCACAGUCAUAAAGAUGCCGAUGGUACAACUCAUAAGAUGUUAAAUUGCAAAAGAAAAGAAUUAGCUGGCUCUCAAGGGAGGGACAAAAUACACACUGAUGUAAGUGAUUUGGACUUUCUGGACAACCUUGAAGAAAAGGACUCUUACAUUCCCUCGUCACCGGAGGAAGAGGGUCCAAGAAAUGACCACCCCAUCAGUGGAAGGAGAAGCUCUUUGAAAAGGCCAAGAAAUACAGAAAUGCUUAAUAUAAAUGACACUGAGGUUCUGCCUCUAACAGAUUUCCAGAAGCCCUCUAACUCUGUAGGGUCCACAAGAGCCAAGUGGCGAAAUGAUCAGGAUGACACCCUCAUGGAAUCGUGGAAUUCUUUAUUAAAGUUCAACAAGUCACAACGGGGUCGCCUAGCCAACUUGGAUUAUGAGGGAGACAUAUUCGAUGAAUUCCUGCAGGAACAGAGGAUUGGAAGAGAAUCAAGACUUAAAUCCUUGCAUCAGGAAUCGGUACAAGAAACCAAAGAGGAGAAAGAAGAGCACGUAACUGAUCCUGAAAGAGAUGACAAUGGAAGUGAUUUUGAAAUUCCAGUUUUACCAUUUGGCUGUCAUUUGAUAAUUAACAUCAUAUCAACUUGGGGCGAUCGCCAUUAUGUUGGACUUAACGGGAUUGAAAUAUUCAGCUCAUCUGGAGAGCCCGUCAAAAUAGCACACAUAAAAGCAAAUCCAGCAGAUAUUAACAUUUUGCCUGCCUAUGGAAAAGAUCCCCGGGUAGUUUCAAAUUUGAUUGAUGGUGUAAACAGGACACAAGAUGAUAUGCAUCUCUGGCUGGCACCUUUCACUCCAGAAAGUCCACAUUUUAUUUAUAUUGACUUUGUGAAUUCCUAUCAUGUAGCUAUGAUUCGAAUCUGGAAUUACAACAAAUCAAGAAUACAUUCUUUCCGUGGUAUUAAAGAUGUAGAAAUCUCGUUAAACGGAAAGUUCAUCUUCAAAGGAGAAAUAGCCAAGGCUUCAGGAACACUAGGUGGAGCUUUGGAACAGUUUGGUGAUACUAUACUGUUCACUACAGACGAUGACAUUCUCGAUGCAAUGUCCCAGUACGAUGAAACCUUUGUAGCUGAUGUUGAUUAUACUCUGCCACUUACCUGUGAAGAAGAGCUCAACAGACCCGGCACUGCAGAUGAUGGAGAUGAGAGGCCAUUCACGCAAGCUGGCUUUAGUAUAGAAGAUAAACAGGAGCAGAAACAAUUGUCCUUGCCGUCGGUUGGACCAGCCAGUCAGGUACUUGGUGAAUAUACCGGGAAAACUCUGCAGCUACAUUUCACGGCUACUUGGGGAGACUCCCACUACCUGGGAUUGACCGGACUGGAGAUUAUAGGCAAAGAAGGACAAGCACUCCCUGUCACAAUGGACAUUAUUGAAGCUUCACCAAGAGAUCUGAAUGAACUGCCAGAAUAUAAUGAAGACAGCAGAACACUGGACAAGCUGAUUGAUGGGAUUAAUAUCACCACGGAAGAUAAACAUAUGUGGCUGAUUCCUUUCACCUAUGGAAAGAAUCACAUCAUCACAAUCAGUUUUAAUCAGCAACAGCGUAUUGUUGGAUUUCGCUUCUGGAACUAUAACAAGUCCCCAGAAGAUACAUACAGAGGGGCAAAGAUUGUCCACAUUACCAUUGAUGGGUACUGUAUUUCACCACCAGAGGGCUUCCUCAUUCGCAAAGGUUCAGGCAAAUGUCAUUUUGACUUUGCUCAGGAAAUUCUCUUCAUAGAUUAUCUCCAGAAGAGCAACGAGGCAGCACCUAAACAACAAGUUAGGAACCAUCCUCAGAAGAUGGAACAGGCCAGUAUGGACUAUGAAGCGCCACUCAUGCCAUGUGGCUUUAUUUUCCAGCUGCAGUUGCUGACCACGUGGGGAGAUCCAUAUUACAUUGGUUUAAAUGGACUGGAACUCUAUGAUGAAAACGGUGAAAAAAUCCUACUGACAGAGAAUAACAUUGCUGCUUUUCCAGACAGCGUGAAUGUUUUGGAGAAUGUUUCUGGAGAUCUCCGAACCCCAGACAAAUUAGUUGAUGGAGUAAAUGAUACAAGUGAUGGCAGACACAUGUGGCUAGCCCCUAUUCUCCCCAAUCUGGUGAAUCAGAUCUACAUAAUCUUUGAUUGCCCCAUGGUUAUAUCAAUGAUAAAGCUCUGGAAUUAUUCGAAAACCCCUCAAAGAGGAGUAAAAGAAUUUGGGCUGCUUGUUGAUGAUUUAUUAAUCUAUAAUGGAAUUCUGGAUAUGGUGAGUCAAGUGGCUCGUGGUAUCCUCCCGACAUGCGACCCUGUUAUUCCUUACCACACCAUUCUCUUCACUCAUGACGAGAAGAUUGCACAUAAGGAGAGAAACACAAUCAUCAGCAAUCAAGUGGAAGAUCAGGACGUGAAAAUGACCAAUGAGCACCAAAUUAUUCAGCGAUCCAAGAAGAAGCAAACUGCUGACCCAGCUUUGCGACCAAAUACGUGCAUUACGGAGAGAGGAUCAAUUGGGAGAAGAAGAUUCUGAUGAAUAUCUCCAGUGCGAUGAACAGUCUUGAAAUAUUAAUUAUUCCUUUCCUGGUUUGGAUUUGGAUUCAAUGGUUGAAACACAACAAGGUUGGCAGGACAUCAGAUUGAUCAGAUUUAAUAACUAAUUACCUAAUUUUGAAAUUGAAAUUGACAUGCACAAAUCAUUCAUCAUUUUCAAAAUAUGACCUUUUGGUUGCUUGUGGGAAAUGAGAGUGCUGUGUCUCCAGUGUUGAAACAUAGGAAGGACUUAAAAGUUAAAUAUAGUGGGCCAAAUACAGAGCAAGCUCUGCUUACUCAAUUCCAUUAAGUGCCUUAAUGUUGAGCAGCCCUUACACCACCACCUUUCAUGGUAUUCUUCUCACCAACAACGUGUGCCAAUGAAGCCGUAUCAUCAUUGAAUUAACACUGAAGCAAAUAAUUGAUCUCACCUCAAAUCUUUUAAAAUUUAAUAUUGUCUUGACAUCAAUAUACAUAUUAAAACUUGGUGAUAUUUAUCCAUCUGUUAAGUUUAAGAUGUGCAACUCUAAAGAAAUAUUCAAACACUUGGAAUAUAUUGUAAUCAGAUUAAACUGAGAAAUUCUCCUUCAGAAAUAUAUAUUUUAGAAAUAUCCUGGAUAAUUUAUUAACCAUACCACUUGUUAGGUAUAGGAAUGUUUGGAUUAAAUAUGUUCUAGCCAUUAGAAUAUUUAACAUUAUCAUCAUUCAGGUAGUAUUAUUUGUCAUGCAUAAACACUAAGUGGCCUUUUAAGCAUCUGCUUGUUUAGACACUGACAUUUCUUAAGUAAGAAUUUAAGUUUGCUAAAAGUUUAAUGAUACUGCAGUCAAUGGGCAACAAGAAUGGAAAGUAUAAAAUGCUGUAUUAUUUAUUAGGAAUUCUGUCCAAGAAGCUUCAUCUCACAUUGAGAACAUUUUUUUUUUAACAUCUCUACAAAAGACGAGUUAGAAAAUAUCAACAAAACUUAGAUUUAAUACAGAUAAUUGACUCCAUGAUACUGAUUUUUUUCCGUCUUUUGAACUCUGACAAUAUUCCUACCAUUUUAACAGAUAUGUUGUACGGGUCUUCUAGUUAGACCUACAUUAGCCCAUCCUUUCUUAUGUUUUCAUGUAAUAAUUGUAAAUAUAUGUUUUCAAUGUGUAAAGAAAAUGUAUAUUAAUUGAGAAAAAUCUAAUUUAAAUAUACAAUGAAGUCUUUAUAAUAUACUUUUUACAGUUUUAAAUAAAAAAAUUCUAAGCAAAACAAAAUAUAUAUUGCUCAAAUCAGUAUUUUGCCUAUUGUUUGGGUGAAAGUAAACUAAUUUUGAAUAAGUUAUCUGAAAUGGAGUACAUUCAUCAAAAGUUUAUUUGUGUGCCUGCUUAUUUGAAACCUAAUUUUAUGUGCACUGUUUAACCUUUCUGAUGUAACAAAUAACAAUCAACUUAUCUGAUCACCUAAUUCUGCAAAUUUUGGAAUUAAGCCACUUUAUUUUUACAAAGAAACUUCUUUAAAAGUAAUUCAUAUUGCCAAUACCUCCCUGAUGCAUAGUUCUGUGAUAUUGUUUGCCUAUGGAUAACAUAAUAUCCAUACGUCAACUAAAACUCUCGCAUUCAUGACUAUAGGCUUUUAUUUUUAAUUUCAGAUUUUGGGAUUGUUUGGAACAAAAAUUGUGAACAUAAAUCUGACUGAUUCUGUUCAAAAGGUAUA